AUGAAAAUUAGUAAAGAUACGCUGUUGGAAUCAUUAAAGAUAAUAAGUAGUGGUGAAAUGGUAUUUUCAUUGAUUAUGGUGUUUGGACCGGUGAUCGGUUAUGUCUCACAGUACAAAUCGAUGAAAGAGACACGCAAUGCCGAGGCAUUCAGUAGUAAGGUAUCGCUGAUAUUGCUACUCUCCAAUAUACUGCGAUGUUACUUCUGGAUAGGCGAGCGAUUCGAAACCACCUUGCUCUACCAAGCGUUGGUAAUGAUCGUUGCACAACUCCUCAUGUUGCAACUGACCGUCUCACUGAAGGCAUCCGACUCGAUUUCGAGAUCACGUCGAUCACUCUCACAAUCAUUCACCGCCCAGCCAUUCUGGGAAUGGGAUAGUCUUUCUCCUUAUUUGAUGUUUUUGGCAGGAUAUAGUGGAUUGUUUAUGUUACUCACAAUGAUGUUCUAUGGAUCCAGUUCAUUCUUUGAUCUCUUAGGUACAUUAUCAUUGACCAUCGAGGCUAUGUUGGGAGUUCCACAACUCUAUCAGAACUAUAAGAAUGGAUCUGCCAAAGGAUUAAGUUUUGUUUUAAUUGGAUCUUGGUUCCUUGGUGAUUUAUUCAAAACAUUGUAUUUCUUCUAUAAUAACUCGCCAAAUCAAUUCAUCUAUUGUGGUCUCUUCCAAUUGUUUGUCGAUGUCGCUAUUUCCUAUCAAAUUUUGACAUACAAGUGA